AUGCCACCUACCAGAACAGGCGGACGGAGGGCGGCGAGACAGUCUACAUCAGUCACCGUGGAGGAGCAGUCCACGACCGGGGAUGGACAUACGCAGAAGCCACCCAAACUCACCAUGAAAACGUUGCAGAAGCAGCUGCACGACCUUCAGGAGGUCACCACGAGACUCAUGGACAGACUUGAGACCAGUGCCCACCCACUAGCAGUCCCUACAAGCGUUCAGGGGGGCGUAGUUGGAACUGCUACAGUAGGGGUGACAACCGCGACCGUAACAGCUGCAGUAACCACUGCUCCUAACACCGUCACCACUGCAUCAAGUGUGUCGCUGUUACAGAACAGUAUCCUAGCGACAAGUGUCGCUACCUCGUCCAGCACCGUCCCUAUCUACUCAACGACAGCGACGCUCGGCCUGUCACCGCAUGGUGUUUGCAUCUCCGGGAUGUGGCUGGUCAACAGUGUGCGGAACCUCCACGUGCGGUCCGCCCGGGACGGUGUCGUCGCGGCCAGCGGGACAGACGACGCCCGGCGCCGCCCGUGCACCAACGUCCUUACCCCGGACACUAUUCCCGAGUUCGAGAUCCCGACCACGGAGUUGCCGUGCCGGCUGCCUAGCGAUGAAAGCCCCCCGCACGACUCACGCGUGGUGCCGAGCGCCAGUAUUCAGAGCGCCGCGGACUUAGAGAGGAAGACAAGCGUGUUCUGGACUUCCAGCUCGGAAAGUCUGCUCCUGUCGGUGUCCAGGCAGAACAGUCGGGAGUCGGACGGGUGCGGGAGCUACUCCACGCCGCCGCGCUCACCCGUGAGGCCCCGGGCUCGGCGGUUCGGGGUCUGGGUUCGUCCGGACUGCGCCGAAGCGUCCCCCGCCAAAACAGAUGACCCUGACGGCGUGAACUCUGACCCCAUCUCCAGGGCAGCCAUGACCUUGCAGCAUCUGGGCAGGAAGACGACGUCAUACGGCUUCACGACCUUGGAUACCUCUCCAACUACUAACAGGAAGGAGUCUCUGUACUUCGGCAGAACAAGUCCCCGCGUGGUCACCCCAGAGUCAGGGUCAGACGACGGUUGGCGGUUGCCUAGCAACAAGCGGCAUAGCAACGCGAGUUCCCGCGCAUCCAACAGCCCCCAGUCGGGCCGGUCGGUGGCGAGCGGGAGUUCAACGGAGUCUUCUCCCGUCAGCUCCCCGAGACUCACACGGCAUCGGAAGUGGUCGUGUGAUUCUGAAAGCAACUACAAACGCAGGGGAAGCAAGCGUUCGCCGAAGUACGUCCGGCGGCAGCGUCAGUCCACCCGGCGGCGUUCCUCGCUCACCGUGCCGCAGAUGGACUGCUUCUCCUCGGGCAGCUCUGCCAGCUCGGCCGAGCCCAGCCCGAACGUGCAGCGGAAGGUCAGUCCACAGCCACGGGAGAGGAGUGUCUCACUACAGGUCCCAACGUUCACCCCCUUCCGACGGGACUCCCGUGAGAAAGAGGCGGGACUGCUCCCGCACUACCUGGGCGAACUCAAGUUCUCCGUCGAGUUUGUCAAGCGAGGGAGGCAGCUGAAGGUGUCCAUCAUCAAGGCAGAGAACCUAGGCGGCCACAAGCACGCCAAGAACAACGUGAACAGUUACAUCCGGCUGUACCUACUGCCCGGCAAGGUGGGCCGCCAGCAGACGCGCACAGUCAAACACACCAGGAACCCCGUCUUCAACGAGGAGUUCUACUUCGGAGGGCUGGGACUCCAGAUGCUGAACGACAUGAAGUUGCGUAUGAAGGUGUUCAGUAAGACGCCGCACCUGCGCAGAGACGCCCUGCUGGGGGAGGUGCAGGUGGUGCUGGGUACCCUGGACCUGAGUCACGAGAACCGCCUCUGGAGAAAUCUCGAACCCAGGACAGACUCUGAGGACCUGGGCAUGCUGAACCUGUCCCUGUGUUAUCAGGCCAGGGCAGACAACAUGCUGGUAACGGUCGUCAAGGCGGAAAACCUGCCGAGGAAUGCUCUCAUUGGACCACCAGAUUCUUACGUGAGGAUCGUGAUACGCGGACCUGACGGUGCCGAAGACGACGUAAGACAUACCAAGAUCCAGCGCAAGACGUGCGACCCCGUCUUCAAGGAGGCCUUUAAUUUUCCGUUUCCGUCAGAAAUCUUCGAGGACUGCAGCAUCAUUGUCACCGUUUACGAUCAUGCCCGAAUCCUUGCCGACGGGGUGAUCGGACAGGUUCGGCUCGGGGCGAUGGCUACGGAGGAGAGCGAACGGCAACACGUGCGGAGGGCGGUACGUCAUCGGGGAAAACCAAUCAACGUCUGGCACGACCUCAUGGAGACCGAGUGA